UUACUACCUUUUCACUAGAACCAAAGGACCAAAAAAUAUGGAAAUUGGUAUUUGCUUCUGCUGAGGUAUCCCAGGUGUGUAUGUAUUCAGUUUCCCUGAUACUCCACUGAAUGUCCAGAACAGUGACCUAGUGGUGAGCAUGUGUGUAUCACAGUUCUUAGGUUCUGGAUCUGAAUCUCCAGCCUUCCUCUGCGUAGGGUGCAUGUUCUCCCCAUGCUUUGUUUUUGCAUGCAGCUCACCGAGGAGAAGCUGGAGAGCAUCGCAACCGCUACGAGGAAAGCAGGCAACAUGCAGGCUCAAGACAAGGAGGUGGACGGCGGUCUGUUACCUGACGGGAAAGAUGCGAGCCUGGCUGGAGAGGCUGAAGGCUCCAAGUGGCAGAGACCCAAAUUUUCCCGAAAAUCUCUCAUGAGGUGUUGCCUGGUCAAGUGGAUCAUCGCCAGUACCACUCAACAGGGGCCAGACAGCAGCGACAGUGACCUCGAGCUCUCCAUGGUACGCCAUCAACCAGAGGGCCUUGAGCAGCUCCAGGCGCAGACUCAGUUCACGAGGAAGGAACUUCAGUCCCUUUACAGAGGCUUCAAAAAUGAAUGUCCCAGCGGGCUUGUAGAUGAAGAAACAUUCAAAACCAUAUACUCACAGUUCUUCCCUCAAGGAGAUGCCACCAUGUAUGCUCAUUUCUUGUUUAACGCCUUUGACAUGGACAGAAGUGGCGCCAUCCGAUUUGAGGACUUUGUACUGGGCUUGUCUGUGCUGCUUCGAGGUUCGGUGACGGAGAAGUUGCGCUGGGCCUUUAAUCUCUACGACAUCAACAAGGAUGGCUACAUCACGAAGGAGGACAUGUUGGCGAUAAUGACGUCCAUUUAUGACAUGAUGGGCAGGUACACCUUACCAAGUGUACGCGAAGAUUCCCCUUAUGAGCAUGUGGAGAAAUUCUUCCAGAAAAUGGAUCGCAACCGAGAUGGAGUGGUGACGAUUGAUGAAUUCAUAGAAACUUGUCAAAAGGAUGAGAGCAUUAUGUUUUCCAUGCAACUCUUUGAGAACGUCAUCUAGCUUCAGGAGGAGGAACUGCAAAUAUCUCAGCCUAACCCAAACUUUAGAAAUGACCAUACUUUUUUUUUUUUUGGGGGCGUUUUAUUUCUUAUUAUAAAUUCCUCAUAUAAUGGCUGUACUCAACUGCAGAAAGUACUAUGCACCAGUUAGAAAUCAGAUGCAUUAUGGCAGGAGGCCUUUUACUUGCAUUUUUUUUGUUACAUAAUGUUUUAUUUUGUAUCAUUUUCUUCACAAAUAAAUAAAGACACAACGUGUGGAUAGAUAUAUGACAUCACAAUAGGUAUUAUAAUGAAUACAGUAUGUAUUUCAGCACCCAUAGGUGGUCACCAUGUAUUCUUCCCACUUCUGAGGUUGUGGGUUUAAAUCUAAGUUUGGGGCCUCGCGUGCGAGGUUAGGAUUUUCUCAUUGUGAUUGUGUGGGUUUUCUCUCUUUACUCCAACUUCCUCCCACAUUCCAAAAACCUAAUUUGAAGACUGGAUUGAGGAUGUCAAAUUUGCCAAAGGUGUGAUUGUGAGUAUGAAUGAUUUUUUUUUUCAAUUUCUGCUACCUGAUUGGCAAGGGACCAGUCCAGGGUGUAACCCGCGUAUUGAAGUCAGAUGGGAUAGACUCCAGCUCACCUGAGACCUUAAUACCUUAUAGAGGACAAGGAUUCUUGAAAAUGGAUUAAAUGCUGUUCUGGAUUACAUGACAGUAUAUGUAAUAAUAAAUACAUGCAUACAGUGUUCCCACACAUAUUCCAAUUCAAAUACUCCUUUUCCACCGUCUUGUGCCAUCUUUGCGCCAAGGAGCUAUGUUGAAGUGAAUGAAUAAGCUUCAUUUAAUCUAGCCAUAUCCCUAUCUAAUACAAAAGUAGUGCUUUGCCACAGACAUGUAAAGACAGUUAUCAAGUUUUUUGGCAGGAGCGUCGUUUAAUCACAUAUUUUUGCCCUAGCAGAGGAACACUGUAUUAUCCUACAUUGUAUUUAUGUGUAUAAGGUCUUUGCCGCAUGAACAUCAGCUUUACAGAUGCCACAUGCGCUGUGCAAUAUGUUUCGCUAAAGACGUCGAUUGGUUUGAAAAAAGCGUUGCCCGAUUUGAGGUGCC